UCCGCGGGACUUGUGCGGCCUGCACUUCAGUCCCAUCGCGGGACGAGGGGGGUCACCGGAGGUCUGCGCGGGCCUGGGAGGGCGACAGUCAGAGGGAAAUCUGGCCCGAACCCACCAGGCUACGCGGCAGCCGCCCUAGGCCUUUAGAACUGGUCCCAGGGGGCGCGGGCGUGGAUGCCAACUGGACCCACUGAGAUACGGUGGCCAGAGCAGGGUCCACAACCUGAAUGGCGUGGACAGUACCUGAUGCUCCAGAGACCAUGAGAUCUGGUACCGAGAGGUGAAAUCGAGGCAGCAGCGCAGGAGCGGGGAUGGAUGGACUCCUGGUCACCGCCGUCUCCCGGGGCUCCGAGUUGGGAGAAGCCUGGAUACGUGAAGAUCACUUCAAGGAGCGACAGGAAAACCAGGAAGGCAGCUUGAAGCCAGGGGCCCAUGAGGAAGACUUCUCUGGGGACAGUGCCCCAGACAGUGAUGACUUUGGCGAUGUCCCAGGAACCAGACCAAGUCCUCCCAUUUCCCAGGCCACCCACGGGCCCCAGAGGCGCGGUGCACAGGGAAAGAGCGCAAAGGUUGCAGCAACCAGGGCCCCCGGGGAACCUUGGAAGUGUGAGGACUGUGGCAAGACCUUCCGCUACUGCUCCGCGUUCACCCUGCACCGCAGGACGCACACCGGGGAAAAGCCAUUUGCGUGCCCAGAGUGUGGGCGCUCCUUCAGCCAGCGCGUGCACCUGACCCUGCACCGGCGCGUGCACACUGGCGAGCGGCCGCACACCUGCGACAAGUGCGGCAAGGCCUUCAGCCAGGGCUCCUACCUGGCGGCGCACUGGCGCACGCACACAGGCGAGCGGCCGCACGCGUGUCCUGACUGUGGCAAGGCCUUCGUGCGCCCCUCGCACCUGGCACAGCACCGGCUCGUGCACACAGGCGAGCGGCCCUUCGCCUGUGGCCAGUGUGCAAAAGCCUUCCGCAGCCGCGCGGCCCUGCUCGAGCACCAGCGCGUGCACACCGGAGAGAAGCCGUUUGCCUGCGCCCAGUGCCCCAAGGCCUUCCGCUUUUCCUCUGCGUUGCUGCGCCACCGGCGCACACACACGACCGAGCGGCCCUACGCUUGCGGUCAGUGCACCAAAGCCUUCACACAGGUGGCGCACCUGGCGCAGCACCGGCGAGUGCACACCGGUGAGAAGCCCUACACUUGCUCGGAGUGCGGUGCGCCCUUCAGCCAGAGUGCCUCGCUGGCCGAGCACCGGCGCAUCCACACGGGUGAGAAGCCUUUCGUGUGCACACAGUGUGGCAAGGCCUUCACGCAGGUGUCGCACCUGAGUCAGCACCGACGUGUGCACACGGGUGAGCGGCCCUAUCGGUGCGGGGACUGCGGCCGCGCCUUCAGCAACCGCUCGCACCUGGCGCAGCACCACCUGGUGCACACCGGCGCCAGGCCCUACAGGUGCCUGGAGUGCGGAUCCGCCUUCAGCCACGUGUCCUCCUUCCUCGAGCACCAGAAGAUUCACACGGGCGAGAAGCCCUUCCGGUGCGGGGACUGCGGCAAGGCCUUCAGCCAGGGAUCUGCACUCACGCUGCACCGCCGCAUACACACCGGGGAGCGGCCCUACACAUGCCCGGAGUGCGGCAAGGCCUUCCGCAACCGCGCCUACCUGAUCCAGCACCAUAUUGUACACACCGGGGAGCGGCCCUACGAGUGCUGCGGCUGUGGCAGGGCCUUCAGCUUCUCCUCUGCCCUCAUCCGGCACCAGAGGACGCACGCGGACAAGAAGUCCCCCCAGCGCAGCCUGUUCAAGGAUAGCACUGCCCAGCCGCCACACCUGACUGGAUGCCUGCACUCUCUCGGGAACGGGAAGCCUGUUAGCAGUAGUGACCCUGCAAAAACCUCCGAGGACCAGCAGAAUAAGAGCUGAGGGUUCACGGGGCCUCCCGGACCAGGCACUGUGCUGAGCGUGUUUAAGCCUGAUUUUCCACCCCAUGGCACUGGGGGUAGAUGCCGUCUCAGCCCUGUGCUGCCUGUGAGGACUUGAGGCUCAGAGAACCUUCAAUGACUUGCCCAGGGUCACGCAGGGAGGAUGUCACAAGGCUGGGACUGCACCCCUCCCUGACCCCUCCUCCCCACCAACUCUCUCAGUUAUAAACAUCACCCACCAAAGCAGUCCCAAAUAAGUAUCUGUGGGUCUCUGGCUGGCCUUAUAAUUGUUGAAAUCAUGAUGGCGCAGGCAUUUGUUCAGUAAAUUCAUGAAAGGUUCAUGCUCUUUGGUGAGGGCCUGGGAGGAGGGAGUGUGCCUUGUUUACUUCCAGCAUCUGCUGGACAGGCCUGGCACACAGUAUUUCCUCAGGAAGCGCUGGGUGACUGAACGAACAGUUGUACAUCCCAGCACCGGCCUUGAAAUCGUUCAGAGGUGGGGAUGACAUGCCGUACUUGCUGUGUAUAAUGCGCUCCAUUGUGUAAUGUGCGCCUACAUUUUUGUGCGCAUUACACACAGGAUGAUUAUGCCUGUGAUAUGAAUCAUUAUACCCACAUAUAAUGUGCAUCUUUAUUUUUCCCUCAAAAAUUUGAGCACAUUAUAUACAGCAAAAUAUGGUAGUUGCUUCCUCCUAUGUACCCCAGAUGUCACCCAUCCCAGGCCUCAGCACACAGUAGGUCCUGUCCUCAGUAGAUAUAAAUUUAAUAGGCCAGGUAAAUGAGUGAAUAGUAGGCCAGCAUCCUCAGUACCAGCCCUGAAUCCCCUUUGACAGACACCACACAUUCUGGUUCUUUUCUGUGACUCAAACUUGGUUGAGCCCGGGCCUCCGCACAUAGUAGGUCCUCCAGAAGUGCUGGGGGCACUGAAUAAAUAUUUAUACAUCCCAGCAUCAGCCUUGGAGUCACUCAGGGGUGGGGACAACAGUCGUUUCCUCCCUAUUCCACAGACUUGGCCCAGCUCAAGCCUCAGGAGAUAUAAAUUAACAGGUCAAGGCCCCAGGUGCUGUGACUCCGUUGAUUGGACAUUGGUCUGCAAACAUAAAAGUUGCUGGUUCGAUUCCCAGUCAGGGCAUGUGUGUGGGUUGUUAGUUUGGUCCCCAAUCAGGUUGCUUACAGAACACAGCUAAUUUAUGUUUCUCACAUCAAUAUUUCCUUCUCCCUCCUCC